AUGUGUCCCUAUCAUCGUGAUGAUCAUCCAUCCCGAAACACUGUGGAAGAAGAGGAUGGUAUUGGAAAAUCACUCAGUGCCAGCAUGGAGUAUCUAAAAAUGUUACAUGAACAAAAUUCUAAAGCAGUACCUAAAAUAACAAGUGCUAAUUAUUUGGAAAUGAAAAUGCAGAGAGAAAAUCCACCAAAGCCACCACCAACAUCACAAAAACGAGAAACAAAACCUCCUCGAUUUGAUCCUGAAGCAAUUGCAAAACACAUGAUUUAUGAAGAAGUAAUUGUCCCACCACAUUUACAAGCUUCAUAUGUUGAGGAACAACGUAAAUUAAAAUCCGAGGAAAAAAGAAGACAAACAAAGGCAGAGAAUGAAAAGAAAAAAGCCGAAGCAAAUGGUGGAAAACGUGUUGGAGAUGUUGCAGAUACAGGAAGUAGUAGAAAUUUAACAAAAACAUCAAAAACUUCAAAAUCUAAUGUACAUAACAAUCCUCCACUUCCGAGAUAUGACGAUCUGCCAUCAAUGAGGAAAAAUGGAUCAUCAUCUUCUGCUACUAGUAGUGGUAGUAGUAAUGGUAGUAAUGGUACUUCUAAAUCUUCAAGCAAUAGCAGUGCUAAAGCAUCAUCAACCUCUGCAAAACCAAAAGCAACUCCACCAUCUCAAACUCUUCCAAAAAUUGCAAAAUCAACUACAACCACUUCAAAAACUUCAAGUACUACCACAACAGCUAAACCAAAAUCAAGUUCAGUAAGCAAAUCUUCAGCAACUAGUAGCCAAAAAUCAUCAGCAACAACCACUUCAAAACAACAAGCACCAAGUCGAUCAGUAACUCAACAACGUUCAUCCCAAAAACAUCCUCCAAUGAAGCCACCUCCACAGAAGGCAGCUCCACCAACCAGACCAAAUCAAAUGAGGGGUCCUCCACCAGCAACUUCCAGAAAUGCUAUGGUUCCACCACGCUCAUCAACAAUGAGUAAUAAUCCUAGAAAUGGUGCAGGUAAGCCAGUUUCGAAUAUGAGACCUCCUGCUUCUAAAAGAAAGAUUGAGGAAAUUGAUGAUGACGACGAGGAUGAUGAUGAAGAAGAUGAAUAUGAAUACAGUGAUGAUGAAUAUGAUGACGAUACACCAAGAUAUGUGCCACCACCAAACCCAUAUGCUCCAAGAGGUGGCUACGAUGAUUACAGGCCUGGAUCUAUUGCUGCAAUGUUUAGAAAACCAGGUCAGCAAUGGCACUUGAGAUCAUAUGAUGACUUUGAUGAUGCUGAUAUGGACGCAAGAUUUGAUGAAAUUGAGGAGGAAGAAGAGUAUGCCAGUAGAGUUGCAGAUAUUGAAGAUCGUAAAGAAGAAGAGGAAGAAAGAAGAAGACGUAAGCAGAGAGAAAUGAGAAAAAAGAUGAGAAAAUAA